GUUAACUUCUCCAAGCAAGGGGACUGCUGCCCUUCUCGAGCCCUGCUCUCUGUGGCUUCGCCCGGCCUGGCCGCGCCACCGAGGUGUAAUGCUCCUUCCCCGGCGGCGGCUCUUGAAGUCGUCAGCCCCCUGCCCGAUUCGGCCGCCGGGGAGGUGGUGUCUACAUCGAUUGUCUCGCCGAAGGAAUGCGCCAGUUCUCUAGGCCCUAGCUCUUCCCUCCCUCCCCUCAUCCAGAGUUCUAAAAUUAAGCCUCUAUUGAAGACUCUAGUUAGAUUUGGAGACCGUGCAACCAGUGAUGUUGUUGUCAGGAUAAGGACCCAUGAAGGUCGUGACAAUUGGUUCUAUUGUCACUCAGGUAUUCUCAUCGAUAAAAGCAAGUACUUUGCGGAGCGCCUAUCUGAUGACUGGCCAACAUGUCAGAUCCUGGAUUCACGAUACUGUGUUGAAGUUUAUUGUGAAGAAUUUGAGUUUAAUUCUUAUGUCGUUGCCCUCCGCCUUCUUUAUGCGAAAGAACCACAAACUCGGUAUGGUGUAAGAAACACAAUUGAUAUCCUUCAGGUUGCUGUUCGCCUUGGUUGUCAUCAGCUUAGCCAAUAUUGUAUUGACUAUUUGGAAUCUGUUCCCUGGGAAGAAGCUGACGAGGAGCAGAUCUUGAAGAUAAUACCUCAUCUUGGUUCUCAAUACGAGGAGAUCCUCGCACGUCUCCAGCCAGUCAAUCCAAUUUCAGUAAUCAGUAUUUUCAUGUCAACUCUCCGCUUUGCUACAUCAUCACUUCCGCAGUCUGUGCGAGACAUGAAAUCCAGUGCUCAAGAUCAGCUUGAGUAUAUGCUUACCGAGGAUGAUGAUGCUCCCAUGCUGACCUUGGAUAAUCAAGACAUUAAAUUGGCAGUGAAGAAUUGUGUCAGUGAUCUUCUAAGCCGAUUCAAUUGUCAUCUAGAAUCUAUUUUGUAUGAAUCUCAAGAGAUCGUUACGAAGAUAAACAUGGAGAAUAGGUUGCAGCCCUUCCUCACUGAUAUCUCAUGGAUUUGUCAGAUCUUGAAUAAGAUGGAAAUGAUGAAACAUCUGGCUCACUAUUGGCUGGAAGCAUCUCGAAAUAUAGUUAAAGUCACUGAAAAAAUGGACGCCGAAGCUGCUGACUUACUAGAGAUCAAAUUGAAAGUAAUUGAAGUAACCUCUAAGGUUCUGGACUCAGUUGUAUUUGGACAUGUGAUAGUCCCAACAGCGACGAGGCUACUCAUGGUGAAUGUCUGGCUGCCUUUUAUGCAGAGGGCGAGGCCUUUAUUUGAGCAACCCAAUUCCGAUCACGAAGAAGGCUCGACACUUAAAAUUGACUGUGAGAUCUGGCUGGGACUUGAAUCGGCUUUUGUUUCUAUUAUUCUCACAUUGCCAUCUGACAACCAGGCUGAAAUAUUAGCGGAAUGGUUGAAAUCAGAGCAUGCUCGAUAUCCUGACCUUACAGAAGCACUCGAGACAUGGUGUUAUCGCUCAAAGGUCGCUAAAAAGAGGCUGUCUUUGUUUGGUGCCAUUGGCAAUGGAAAGAGUUCUUAAUGUCCACCUUAGUCACCUUCUGUAGUAUUGCUCUAAUACUAUAUUUCCCUCAUCAACGCAUCAAACGCUUCUGAGUCCACCUUAGUCACCUUCUGUAAUGAAGUCAGAUUAGUUUUGAUUUUGGUGUCUAGGUGUUGAAUCUAACUCCAAGUAGACAUGCUUUAUGACUUUUGCUUUGAAGAAAUAGAUCAUUUUUCUUGCAAA